AUCCAAUCUUCGGGUGGCAGUGUUGCCGUGGGCUGUUGUCAUAAAAUCCAGACUCCAACCAAAAUCAUGGGAAAACUUAUCGGAAAAAAGAGUGCCUCUGUGUACCAUCGUGAGAGCUAUGAGCUAUUCAGAGGGGUGGACAAGAAAGCUGAAUCUUCCUCCAAUGUCCAUUUCUACUUUGCUUUCUUCAAUGCUGCUUUGGUCGUUGCCAACAUUGGUUUGAUGAAGUUGGACUCUAGUUGGAAGGACAUCAUUCAGCAGUACUCUCAGGAGCACAUUGAACCAUACAUUGUUAAGCCAGCUGUCCAGUAUGGUGCUUUGGCCCUAUCAUUGACAUACAUUUCCUGUUUCGUGGACUUGACCUUGGUUCUUCAAUGGCCUGUGGCUUUGGUUGUCUAUGUCAUGAUUGUUGCCGAAGCUGUCGGGUACUUUAUGGUGCGAACAGUCAUCUUCCUGUUCGAACGCUUCACACAGACUCUUACCAGCAAAGGGCGUUUCCGGGUCCGAGCUAUGAACCUACUCCGGGCCGCUCCAUCCUAUGAAGAAUGGCACAAAGUAGCAGAGUCACUUGAUGGGAUCUCAGACCAUGGGGAACAGCUCAAGAUACAGAUUGAGGACCAGUUCGACUUGUACUACGUUGAUCAGCUGACCCGCAGCUUGGAGUGGGAUGCGCAGAGCAACGAUUUUGAUGCUGUCAUUAAUCAUUUGAUCCUUGGCCUCAACUGUCUCAAGGACUAUGCACUCCUGGAACACUCUGACAUGUUUGUGGCUACCAAUACAGGAGAACCACACCAAAUUGUCUCCAACUUUGUUGAGAAGCUUGCUGAAGGUCUAGAAUGGGUCAUCAAUGAAGUAAAGGGUGGCAGCUGCGAUGAACUUCAAAUUGCCAUGGCACAGCAGUUAUUUGAGAAGGCUGAAGCUAGUUUUGGACAGACAGCCUACUGCUUCAGCGGUGGUGCAACCAUGGCCUUUAAGAACCUUGGCAUUGCUUUGGCUAUGCUUGAUAAUGGAUGCUUGCCAAAGGUGCUCAGUGGAUCUAGUGGUGGUUCCAUCUUUGCAUGUGCCCUUGCAGUGAGGACAGAUGACGAAAUCCGCGAUGAGAUCAAAGUGGAGGUGAUGUGCUCUCGGAUUACUUCCCUUUCUCAAACCUUUCUGGAAAGAAUGAUGAUCUUGUUUAGCCAUGGGCAUGUGUUUGACCCUCUUGAGUGGGAAAAGAGCAUUCUCUGGUUUACCAAAGGACACUUGACCUUUGCUGAAGCUUAUGAGAAAAGUGGAAGAGUCUUCAAUGCAUGUGUCACAAGCACAAUUGAGAAGGCCAGACCAAUCUUGCUCAACCAUAUCACUGCCCCGGAUGUCACUGUGGCUUCUGCAGUCCUUUGUUCCAUUUGCUGCCCAGGACUUCUCCCUCCUCGCCCAUUGCAGGUCAAGCGACGUGAUGGGACGAUUGAAACCCUGAAGAACCAGCUGUAUAUGGAUGGAUCUGUCAAGCAAGAUAUCCCCAAGGCAGCCUUGGCAGAGAUGUUUGAUUGUCGGUUCUUUGUGAGUGGUCAGACAAACCCCCAUGUUACACCUUUCUGUUUUGAGAGUAGAGUCUUUGGCAAGUGGCGUGGUGGAUUCCUUCUGGCUGCCACAGAGAAGUUGCUGAAGAUUGCAAUGACCCAGCAGAUUUCCUUCCUCAGCCAUCUUAAUCUUCUCCCUUGGCAGGCAUCUUCCAUUGUUUUGCAAGAUUAUGAAGGGUGUGCCAGCAUUGUACCAGAGCUCACUUUUGCUGAUUACUACAACUUCUGUGCUGAGCCAACUGUGCCAUUCUAUUCAUGGAUGAUUCAGUGUGGGAAGGUUGCUGCCUAUCCCUUCUGCAAUCGUAUCCGCCAACGGGACCGCAUUGCAUCUUUGUUGACGACUGGAACAGAGGCCAUUCAGGGAUUUGAUACUGAGGAGAUCCAGGAGGUUGCCGAGAGUGUGCCAAUGCACUCUGAAAUGAAGCAGGCUUCUGUGGGAAGUCUUCAGAAACAGAAGAAAUCCAUGAGAGACAUCCAGUGUCAAGCUUGCAUGAGAGCUCUUCGUACACAGUCCUCCAUGAGAGGCUUCCAGAAGAAACCAUCCAUAGGAAGCCUUGAGAAGGAACAUUCGAUGAAGGGCCUUCAUCAGAAGCAAGCUUCCAAGAAGAGAUCGAGCACAAGGCGAUCCACCAUUCUGUCCCGACCAGAAAUGAUCCUCUUGGCUGACGAUGAAGAUGAGCUCUACCUCAGUGACAGUGAGGAUGAAGGUGACAACUCUUCCCGUCCCAGCCUUAGCAGCGGCAGUCGCGGUCUUAGCAAGAAGAAUCGUACAUGGGCACCACAUGCUAUCAUGAGCAGGACUAUUGGCCCCGGGUUCAGGAAGACUGUUACAGCUGAUGCUGUUUUGUACAGGGGGAGUGGACACUGUGGCAGGGUUAUGAGAUUGGACAGCUGCAUGGUCAAGCGGCUGGAUAGCCCUACAAGUGUGACGGAGACAACUGAAUCCAGCCAGAAGAGUUCUCCAAACGCCAGCAACACAAGUCUUUCUACCAGUUUCUCGGACAUGCAAGAAUUGCCCGUGUUGAAGAGCAAUGUGCCUCUUGUGAAAGUUUCCACCGAUGUUCAUGGCCGUGUUGCCGUGGACUGUUGA